UAUGUCGAAUGAUGUUAUGUAUGAAGUCUUUAGUCGCGUUAGAGAGUUUUUUGUACUUCCCAUCUUCUAUUACGUGUUUAUAUUAUCCGCUCCGAGACACAGCCAGGGAAUUCGGGGACUUGACUUUCCGUUUAGCUCCUUUCGCUUGGUUUGGUUCCGUUUGCUUUACUUGAGUUGAGUGUGGAUCCAAUCCGUGGGCGACACCUGUCCUGAGGCUCAGUCUGAGACCGCAGCGUCCCUGGGAAGACGCUCUCCAGAACUUUCGCUCUCCAGUAACCAGGACUCGCGUCUCCACUCCAGAUCUUGGUUCUUCUAGUAACGCCGGGACUCACUUUGGGUCUCCAGAAUUUGGGGCGCCCCGGGGCUGGGUUUCUCCACUCCAGCAGCGCCGUCGCUUUCCAGCAGGACCCGGCUCCCCAGGGAGCGCGCGCUCAGGAAGGAAAGGCGGGCCGGGGUUCGAACUCACAGGCAGUGCUUUUUGCCGCAGGUUCUCACGUCCCGUCGCGUCGGCGAGUGAAAGUUUGAAGCUCCGCCCCUUAGAUAAAGAGCUUUUGGGAAGAGGGACAUGAUGGGACCCGAGCGCUCCGAGCGGUAUCGGAACCCCAAGUCAGACUCAGGGAAGGAAGAAAGCAGGAGACCCGCCGCGGAGGGAAAGAGAAGUGUUCCAAUUAUUAGUAAUAAUAAUAAUAAUAAUAAUAAUGAACAGUACAGUGAGUGAGUAAUAACAGCAUAUUUAUUGUAAUAUAAGUAUAACCCAGAGGAGUUGCUGCUGUGCUGGUGCCGGUCGUCGUGCUGAGCAGUUCAGCUGGGACAGCGGGGCGACCCUCGAACCCGUGUCCACACGGACAGUUCGAUCGCCCGACCGCACUUGGAAACGAAAAAGUGGAGAGAGAAAAAAAAAACGGAAUCCUUCUUUCCUCCUUCUUUCCUCCUUCCUUCGCUUCCUUCGCUUCCUUCGUUCCUCCGCUCUGGACGCCAACGCAACGGUCCCGCCGCCGCUUCCGCGUCCACGCGUGUCCACUUGGCGCGAACUGGGUCUCGGCUCUUCGCCGCCGGGAGGAUGAUUUAACGCAGCCCUCGCGAUGCGCACGUCAUGUCACGCGCUCUGUUUCGCACUGUGCGCGGCCUCCAGCUUCCUAGUAAAGUUGGACUCCGCCGAAGGUGCGACCUGUCGGGCCCAGGUGACGGAGGCGAAGGCGAGCAGCUCCUCGGCGCUGCUGCACUGGAGCUCUGCCGCGCGGGGCUGCCGCUUCUCCGUGGUCCUGGAGCGGGAGGGCGGCGCCCAGGAGGCGGACUGCCUUUCCGAGGAGCCUGGCGGCGCCGGAGAGCACGGGUGUCGCAUCGAGAACCUGGAGCCCGGAACCUUUUACAGCUUCGCCAUUGUGUCGGAGAGCGAUGGGCAGCGGGUCCGCGUAUCAGUGCUCACAGACCCGGCAGAGCCGAGCCACCUGAGCGUGCGGUCGGAGCCAGCCGGCACCGGGGCACUUCACGUGUCCUGGCUGCGCUCUGCCGGGCGGGUGGGAUCCUACGAGCUUGUUCUGCGCGACUCGGCGACGGGGGCCACGAGGAGGAGCCGCGUCUCAGCCGCAGCCGCCACGCGGUACGAGUUCACCGGCCUCACGCCCGGCACCCGCUACACCCUCAGCUUGGCGGCCAAAGCCGGAAACAAGACGUCGCCGGCCGUACUGGCCACCGCAACCGCAGCCCCCUCUGCUGCCACAGCCCUCAGCUUCUCGGCCUCAACUGACAGCCUGGCUGUUUCAUGGCACCCGGGUCCCGGGAGGGUGGAGCGUUUCUGGCUGCUGCUCAAGGACCGUUCCGGUGUGGUCAGGAACGUGAGCCUGGACGGCACUGUCACCUCCCACCUCCUGAGCAACCUGGUACCCGGACGCCUCUACAACGUCACCGUGGUAACGGAGUCUGCGGGGCUGCAGAGUCCCGUCUCCGGAGAAGCUCGGACAGGUCCCGCUCGCGUGUCUCACCUCAUCCUGACCAACAACAACAGCCAGGACAGCCUGGUGGUGCUGUGGAGCCGAGCUGCGGGGGACGUGGACUCGUACCUCGUGUCCCUGACUGGCCCGGACUCGACGCCUCGCGAGAAAACCGUGCCGCCCGGUAUCUGCCAAGCGCACUUCGGGGGCCUGACGCCGGGCCGGCUUUACCACGUGCGCGUGCGCAGCCGGAGCGGGGAACUCUUCGCCGAAAGCAGCGGCGCGGGGAGGACGGUUCCAGGCCAAGUUUCCCAUCUGGCAAUGACGGGCCUCAGUGAGCAGGGUGCGCUGAAGAUGACGUGGGUGCCCCCUGCAGGAGACUGGGACUCGUACCGCGUCCUUCUCCUCAACAGCUCCCAGCCGCUGGUGAACAAGUCGCUAGGGAAGGAAGCUGCGGAACACACUUUCUCUGCGCUGGGUCUCGUCCCUGGGCGCCUCUACCGGGCCGCUGUCGCUGUGCGCAGUGGGUUGCUGGGAAAUUCUGCCUACUGCCAAGGAAGAUUAGCACCCAGAGCGGUGCAGCAACUACACAUCCGGCACGCAGACGAAACUUCGCUGAGCGCCUUGUGGAGCCACCCUGGGGGGGAGUGGGACGGCUACACGGUGGUGCUGCAACACAGAGGCGCCGAUAUAGCGGAGCGCAGGCUUUCACGCGAUAUGCGCGAGUGCACCUUCAACGUGCUCGUACCCGGGCGCCUCUACGUCAUCCGGGUGACCGCCCGCAGCGGGGACCUCGGCACCUCGGCCACCGUGGCGGGAAGGACGUCUCCUGCUGAGGUCACGCACCUGCGCAUCGGCAGCCAGGGCUCCACGGACGGUCUGCGGGUGAGCUGGGAGCGGGCGGAGGGAGAGAUCGACUCGUACAGAGUGCUGCUCGUGCAUGACAGCGUCGUCAUCAAGAGCGAGAACGUCACCGCGGACACCACCAGCUAUCGGUUCCACGGCCUCGUGCCCGGCGCCCUCUACAGGACGGUGGUGACCACUGUCAGCGGGGGUGUGUCCUCCAGGCAGACCGUGGCAGAGGGCCGCACGGUGCCUGCCGCGGUCGGGGAGGUGACGGUCAGCAACAACGGACGGAGCGACUUCCUCAGCGUAUCCUGGCGACCGGCACAGGGCACAGUGGACAGCUACCUGGUGACCCUGCGAGACCGAGAGAAAGUCAUCCACACGCUGGCCGUGUCGCGCUCCAGCCCCGAGUGCGUCUUCAAGUCCCUGGUGUCCGGGCGUCUUUACAACAUCUCCAUUACGUCCCGCAGUGGCGGCUAUGAGAACCAUACCGUGGUGCAGGAGCGCACGCAACCUGCCACCGCGCAGAACCCCACGGCGAUCCAUUCGGCCCGGGACGGCUACCUGAAAGUGUACUGGAGACACCCGGCAGGGGACUUUGACUUCUACCGGGUGGCCGUCAAGCACAACAACGUCUUCCUGCAGAACAAGACGGUGCCCAAGUCCCAGAACGAGUGCGUCUUCCUCUCCCUGGUGCCGGGCCGUCUGUACACCGUCGUCGUCAGUACCUGGAGCGGGAUCUACGUGUCCAGCGUGUCCACGGAUGGGAGGACGUUCCCUGCAGCUGUCCAGAAACUGGCCGUUGCUGAUCGGAGCACGGAGGACCUUUGGGUUACCUGGGACGCCGCCCCGGGUGACGUGGACCACUAUGAGGUGCAGCUGCUCUACAGCGACAUGAAGGUCUUCCCACCCAUCACACUGAGUAGCUCCACGAUCCAGUACCACCUGGGAUCGCUUACCCCUGGGCGCCUCUACAAGAUCUUAGUGUCCACCUUCAGUGGGCCCAACCAGAGGGUCCAGUUCAUUGAGGGGAGGACAGUGCCCAGCAAGGUGAAGAACAUACAUACGAGUCACAACGGCCAGAGCACUAGACUGAAGAUCAGUUGGACCCCUGGGCAGGGGGAUGUGGACAGCUAUUCGGUGUCCUUGUCCCAGGGGGGGCACCUGCUGGGGAUCUGGCCUGUGCCCAAGCACCUCAGUGAGUUAAGCUGUCAGAAUUUGACGCCGGGCCAGCAGUACACGUUCACGGUCAAGUCCAUCAGCGGGGACUUGACCAACAACGACACGGCCGGCGGAAGAACCGUGCCGGCGACGGUCACUGGCCUUCUGCUGGACAACCUGUACACCACUGACAGCUUGCUGGCUACGUGGGGGGCCGCUCAAGGUGUCGCCGACAGCUACGGCCUGCAGCUGCUGGAUGACCGUGGUACCUUGGUCUCUAAUGGCUCCCAGAAGGCUGGUUCCAACCAGUAUCGCUUUGGGGGGCUCACCCCAGGCAAGAAGCACCACGUCCGAGUACAGACUCUCAGCGGAGGGGUCCAGAGCGAAGACGCUAGGGCCAGUGGACGGACACGCCCUGCAGCGGUCAGGGAGCUCGCCAUAAGGGCCAAUACGACCACCAGCCUGACCUUUUGCUGGACCCCCUCGCUGGGGGAGUUUGACGGCUACGACAUCUACCUUUACAACCAGGACGAGACGCUCCGCGACCGUAAGGAUGGUGAGGGGGACACGCGCGACUGCUCAUUCCAGGGCCUGCAACCCGGAACCCGAUACAAGGUGGUGGUCCUGACCCGCAGCGGUCAUGAGACCAAUGACUCCUACAUGUGGGCAAGAACAGUCCCCGCCCCCGUAACUUCCCUCAUGGCUCAGAACCGGAACGCGACCAACAGCUUGUGGUUCAGCUGGGAGAAGGCCGCUGGGGAGGUCAGUAGCUACCUGCUCUCGCUGCGCAACCCCGACGGUUCCCUACAAGCCCACCAACAGCUGCGGCCCGAGCAGAGAGAUCACGCUUUCAACGACCUGGUCGCUGGGCGUCUCUACACCGGAGUGAUGCUCACACGCAGCGGAGAGUUGAGUAACAGUGCCGCGGUCAGCUGGAGAACCGCACCAGAAAGGCCCACGUCCGUAUCCUUUGGUGGGGUCACCAACACCUCCCUGGAGAUCACCUGGACGGUGCCUGUCGACACAGACUAUAACGACUUUGAUCUGCAGUGGGUUCCACGGGACUCCCUGUCCACGUUCAAUCCCUACCCCACCACCCGCAUCCUGAAGGGCCUGUACCCUGGGCGCCUCUAUACCUUCAGUGUCCGCACUGUCAGCGGAGGGGGGGCCAAGGGAGGUCCCGCCACUUACAGCCAACCGAUCCUCAACAGCAUCAGGACAAAACCAGAGCGCCUUCAUCACAUCCACUGCAGGCCUCAGAGCUCGACCUCCAUCUCCUGUUCCUGGAACGCCCCCGAGUCGGACUACGACUCGUACGCCAUCGAGUGCCUGCACUGGGACUCCCGCAUUCUGGUGUACUCCCAGCGUGCUCCUCGGGACACCACCCUCUACAUCAUCUCCCACCUGGAGCCCCACAAGCGCUACACCGUCUCUGUCAAGGUCAUCUCGGACAGCACCACGAGCGAGGCAGCCGAGGACACCGUGGUCACCAUGAUUGACCGCCCUCCGCUCCCGUCCCUCUCUAUUCGUGUCGGCGAAGCACGCGUCACCAAGUCGAGCAUCUUCUUCAAGUUUAACUGCAGCUGGUUCAGCGACGUCAACGGUGCGGUCAAGUUCUUCACCAUCGUUGUGGCUGAGUCUCCUAACAUCGAAGACCUGCAACCACGACAACAGCAUCCCCUGGCAUCCUACAAGGAGUACCGGCACAAUGGCUCCAUCAAGGCCUACCAGACUGGCUACUUCCCAAGCCGCUGUGCGGAGGGCCCAGACAGCAGCAGUAUGCUGGACUUUGAGGUCCACCUGGGCACCGGCAUGGACAGCCUGGGUGGAAGGUGCGACCAGGACCAGAACGUCUUCUGUGAUGGGCCACUAAAGUCUAAGACGGCGUACAGGCUCAGCAUCCGUGCCUUCACCCAGCUGUUUGACGAGGAGCAGCGCGAGUUCCCCCGGCCUCUCUACACGGACACCUACCUGUCCCUCCCCCUCAUGACCGAGGCAGAGCCAAUCAGCGGAAUCCUGGAGGGCAUCAGCGCUGGCCUCUUCCUCAUCACCAUGGUGAUUGGGGUCACGGCGCUGCUCGUCUGCAGGCAGAAAGUUCGCAAAGUGAGCGCUCAGGAGGGGGCGUCAGUGAGGAUGAGCGUGAGGCGCGAGAGACCUGCUUCUGCGCUGCAUGUGGGUGUCAGAAGCAGUCGACGCGUUUCCAGCCCCAUCAGCGUGACGAGCUUUGAGGACCACUUCUCCAAGCUGCAGACCGACUCCAACUACCUGCUUUCGCAGGAGUACGAGGACCUGAAGGAAGUGGGUCGGAACCAACCCCUGGACACAGCGCUCCUACCGGAGAACAGAGGCAAGAACCGCUACAAUAACAUACUGCCUUAUGACUCGACCAGAGUGAAGCUGUGCUGUGUGGACGAUGACCCCUGUUCGGAUUACAUCAAUGCCAGCUACAUACCAGGCAACAGCUUCCGGCGGGAGUACAUCGCCACCCAGGGCCCGCUCCCCGGCACUAAGGAUGACUUCUGGAAGAUGGUGUGGGAGCAGAACGUACACAACAUCGUUAUGGUGACACAGUGCCUGGAAAAGGGCAGGGUAAAGUGUGAUCACUACUGGCCCUUCGACCAGGACCCCCUCUACUACGGAGACCUCAUCGUCCAGAUGGUGUCCGAGUCAGUCCUGUCGGAGUGGACCAUUCGGGAAUUCAAGAUGUGCAGCGAAGACCAGAUGAACUGCUCCAGAUUGGUGCGUCAUUUCCACUACACGGUGUGGCCCGACCACGGAGUCCCAGAGACCACGCAGUCCCUCAUCCAGUUUGUGAGGACCGUUCGGGACUACGUGAACCGCACCGCAGCUUCUGGAGCCACAGUGGUCCACUGCAGCGCUGGAGUUGGACGCACCGGUACCUUCAUCGCCCUGGACCGUGUCCUGCAGCAGCUUGACAGCAAGGACACGCUGGACAUCUACAGUAAUGUGUUUGACCUGCGACUCCAUCGCUCCCACAUGGUGCAGACUGAGUGCCAGUACGUCUACCUGUACCAGUGCGUGCGGGACGUACUGAGAGCCCGGAAGCUGAGGCACGAGCAGGAAAACCCCCUGUACCCUGUCUAUGAGAACGUCAACCCUGAGCCCCAGGCUGGAAGCCCCUGACGCUGCAUGCAGCUGGAGAGACGAGUUGUGAAGCGCGUUCCAGAAGCAACAAAAAGCUUCAGCCACCCAGACUGAGGAGCGAGCAGAGUGUUUGCAGUUUUCGCACUGGAGAUGCACACAGCUUUAUUUUUAUACAAUGUUUGUACAUUGUUCCCAGGCCUCUGUGAUGGAAUGUUUAGUGUUAUUUAAAUUUAACAGUAAUGUACAUACUUGCAUAUUAUAUUUAUGUUUUUUCAAAGAUUGUGCAGCCCUGAAGUGUUUCCUGGGAGUGUUUAUUAAAAAAAAAAUCCGUUUUGCAGGUAUAAGCUAUUACAUAAUUUGACCACAAACAAUGGAGCUUCCAAAAAACGAAAGCCAACAGCUGAGGCGCUGUGAUUUGUCCGAUGCAUUGCCAGAAAGAAAAGAAAUCUUGUGCUGAGAUUAUAUUCAGAAAUAAAACUAGAGUGCAAAUCGGUGUGAGAUGUGAUGUAAACCAAGCUCCGCAGUACAGUGACGAUCGUGUGCCAGCGUUUGUGUCAUUAUGUACUGUAAAUGAUUACCAUUGCAAAUCAGUGCAGAGGCACAGCUCGGCACACGGCAGCCGACCCCCUGCAACCUGUGCUCCUUUUCGCUUUACUUAAACACCUUGUUGCUCUGCUGAAGUUGUUGUUCUGGCACCAUGU